AUGGCGGAAGAAUGCGUUAUUACAACUUUCGAGGCACCUGAGGAUAUUUCCAGGCCUAGAUCAGGAUCCGCAUCCGGCUCUAGUGACAGUGAUGUAUCACCAAUCUGCAAAAUCAGCCCCCUAGUGGUUCCUGUACAUUCAACUUCACCCCGUCCCCUCACACCCAAGAAGCGACACCGUGCUGAGAUGGAGCAAGAACUCAGGAGGCAAGAGGAGGCCCUCAGGGCUGAGGUGGCAAAGCCAACCGUCAAGGAAGCCAAGUCACCCGCAGUGGAUGUCAAGAGUGGAGGAGCAGUAGAGACAAAACCAGAAAAGGAACUCCCCAUGAAAAAGAGGAAUUCAGAACUCAAAGAGCAAAUGGCGUCAGAGACUAAAACUGAAUCAAAGGAUGAAAAACCUGCUGACAAGGGUGAAGAGUCUGAAACCAAAACCGCCUCAAAUGUAGAAUCUGAAAUAUCAAGCAUGCCUAAGAAGUCCAAACCUGAUGGGACAAAACCUGCUAAAAGUUCAACAACCCCAAAGAAAUCCCCCGCUGCAAAGUCCCCAGCUGCAAAGGCUUCUGUGUCUCCUGACGGUGGGGCUGAUGGCGAAGUAGUAAUUCCUGAUGGAUGGAGACGUAUUGCUACUCAGAGAAUGCAAGGCGUGAGUGCUGGGAAGGUGGACGUUUACUACUGGAGUCCUACAGGAAAAAAGUUUCGUUCUCGCCCUCAAAUCCUGAGCUACUUGGAAGAGGUAGGCUCCCCUUUGUCCGUUGAGGCCUUUGACUUCAGGUCAAAAAACGCUAACGCUAGCCCUGCAAGGAUCAGAUCUCCAGCUCCAGAGAAGACGAAAAAAGUGACGCCGAAAGCUAAGGUAAAAGAGUCACCUAAAAAGGCAAAGACAAAGACGAAGCCGCUAGGUCGUCCCAGGAAAAACAGUGGAGGGAAGUCUCCAGCAAAGAAGACACCAGCUAAGAAGUCUCAAGUAAAGAAGUCUCCAGCGAAGAAGUCUCAAGUGAAGAAGUCUCCGGCAAAGAAGUUGGCUAAACAGCCAAGGAAGGUGAUGAAACCACCGCCAGAUACUGGCCCCAAGAAGGCCAGCCGAGCCCAGCAACUGCAGAAGCUUCUCGUUAAGAUCAAUUUCCAGAAGCCAGGAGACAUACGGGAGAUGUCCUCUGACGAGUCGUCCAAUGUCUCAGAAGACGACUUUGAUCCCGGCACUACGGAGGAAAUAGACAAUACAAGUGAAAUCAGCGUCACCCCUAGCCCUCCUCCAACUAAGAAAAUGAGACGGCACUCCUCACCAAUUGACUGAACUUUGACUGAAUCUUCACCUACGCACUGACCAUUUUGAUUUGUUGACAGGCCUUGAAUUACAUCCUUGAACAUGCCGAAAAGGGCAAGGCUAUUUUCAUUUUGAAUUGGCACUUUCAUUUGAGAAUCAGGCCUGCAAUUAUACAAGCCGAUGUUAUUCAUUUACAUGUAGGUAAACUUUCAAUAGACCCGAUAAAUGUAGAUCCAAGAUCUAUGUCAAUCAAGGAUUAUUAAUCUGUCUAAUGGUUGAUGCAGAUAGUUGACCAAACUCCAUGUGGUAAAAGUGAACAUAGUCAUUUUUAUUUCAAGCUGCUGUUGAUAUUAUGUGUGGUUGUAGGAUUUUAGUUGUUUAUUUACUUAAACUUUAAAAUUAUGAAAUGUUCUUUUUCUAAUCAAAGUACAUGUAUUAUUGUUUAAAUUACUAUCCCUCUCAGAAUUUUUGUACCUGUUAUUGAGGUGAUUAGCCUUGAAGCGAUAUACAAGUAUUCCAUUCUGUUACUUCACUGAAAUGAAGUAGUGGACCUCAAGACCCAACAGAAGCCGUUGCGUUUGAUGUUCAUGCCGACUGCGUUGAUGGCUUUUAGGAAAAAAUGAUUUAUUACAGGCCCCCUUUCCAACACUUCAUAAGAAGCAAAAAUUGUCAGGGCAGAGUUCAUCUUUAACGACAAUCCACUGGCCAGAACUUUACUCACUACUGGUCCGGCUGUCUAGUUCAAUUUUGAAAAGGAUCCACAUUUAAUAAUAGACUAGUGAGAAAGCUGAUCGGCCAAUGAAAUCAAAAGAUAGCUGGUCCUUCAUUGCCAGUCACUAACAAGUUUGUCUACUUCGGUUUUCAUCACUCCAAGCCUGGAAUUUCAUCUUUGAAAGGGCAAGGUCGCUUUCAUUUUGCAAAGGGCACUUCUGUGGGAAACCUUUGUAAAGGGAACUAAGGCCAAAAUCAGGGCAACAGUGUGUUAUUCCCGGUAAUUUCAGCGGUCGAUUUCAUGAAACUUUAAUCAACUGCGUAAGUCCACUUGCGCAACGUUGCACAUGUGGAAUUAUGCAGUUGUGUAAAGUUUCGACUGAGAUUGACUGCAGGCCUGUCAGUCAUUGAAUUUGAAGGAUUCUGUUCCAGUCAAUUACCACAGAGAGUUGGAGUCGGUUGCUGUGUUGGUGUGAAGGUAACAUUGCUGUUGCGAAACAAAGCAUCAAGACUUUGAGCUCUGAAUUCUUUGCAUUUGAAACAACUGUUAAAGGCAGUGGACACUAUUGGUAAUUACUCAAAAUAAUUAUUAGCGUAAAACCUUUCUUGGUGACGAGUA